AUGUGGCGUUUGGAAGAGUACAAGGCUCACGGGUCGAUCGGCUGGUCUUUUGUCUUUGUGCGAUGGGGAACGUUGGAGGUGGUCGAUGAUCUGCACAGAUCGGCUUGCAUUGUCCUCGGCGCCGUCAUCGAGGCCUCGUACCUCUCGCAGAUGCUCUUCACCUUUCUCCUCUCGCUCAAUCUCUUUGUCCAAGUUCGGUUGUCGCUUGCUCCGGGCUUGUCGCCGGCACAGGUCUUUGCUACAGCAGCGUCGUCGGUCUCGAGCCGGUCGGGCGCGCCGCGGCCGCGAUCGCCGGUCCUCGUUGAGCUCUGCUACCUGUUCUACGGCCUGGUUCUUCCAUUUGGCUACGUCGGGUGCCUGCUCUGGCGUGCGCCGUACCGCACCUCGCCGCUGGGAUGGUGCGCACCGACGUCGCGGCUGUAUAUCGGCAUUCCGCUGCUGGUCCACUUUGUGGCCACGGCUCUACUCCUCGCCGCCGUCCUGGUCUCGCUCCGGACCGGCAUCAAAUCUGCGGGCAUGUUUGCCGAAAAGGGCCGACGGGUCGAGCUCAAGGCACUGCGCCGCUUCUCGAUGUUUCUAGUGCCUGUGCUUGUCACUAUGAUGCCUGUUGUUGUACUCUCGGUUUUCCGCACCUCGCACCACUGCCUUCCGUUUGCGCUCGUCUUCUUCCUCAACAUUGCCUUUCCAGCCCAGGCCUUUCUCAAUGCAAUUGUCUUUGGCAUCAACAAGGACCUGCGCCGCGCGCUCUCCCACAGCUGCUGCCCGCCGCGCGAAGAGACCCGCGUUGCCGAGUACCCCUCGCUCCUCGGCAUGGGCGUCUCACCCACGCCGUCACCGAUCGUCUUUCCCUCUUCACGUGCUCACCGCUAG